UAUGCAGGAGAGUGGCUACGAGAAAAAAGUCAUCUGCGGAGGUGCUCUCAUUUCUCCCAAGCACAUCCUUACGGCAGCAGUCUGCGUCAGCGGCAGGAGACGGACGACGCAACCAGCGGGGCUGCCCAGCGUGCGUCUGGGCGUUGUCGACCUGCACUCGACGGGUGACGACACUCGGGUGAUAAACGUGGACGUUAAGGCAAUUCACAGACAUCCCAACUUCAAUGUACGGACGUACAACAACGACGUGGCCCUGCUAGAGCUGAGUAAAGAGGUACCCUUCAGCGAGUUUGUGAGGCCCGUAUGCCUGCCCCUUGGGGAAAUCUCCAUGAAGAACUUGACCGGUCGCCGGGCUUCUGUCGUUGGCUGGGGGCACCCCAUCAACGUCGUGGCACAAGUUUAA